GUUAAACGGCGGCGGCGGCGGUUCCUGCUUCCGCCCCUUCCUCCGCUCCGGGCCGGGAGCAGCAUCCUCCGGACGCGCCCGCAGCCUCCCUCCCUCCGACGGCCAGCUUCAUUUAGCAGCCUCUCUUCACCCCUGGGAUUGUUCUCUGCCCUGCUAUUUCUGGUGGAUCAAAACUGAGUGCUGGCAAUUUAACAGGAUGCUGUGAGAAUGCUAUGAAAGUGCUUUGGAAAAAAUAAAAAAGGGCUCCAGAGAAAGAAGACUAUAAAAUCUGCUAAGCAGCUGACCCAAAAGCCUCCCAAUUAUAACAGCCUAAGGAAUCACCUUAGGCCUCAGGUAAUACCUGACCUGAAGCCUAUGUAAUGUGUUGAAGCAGGAGUAGAAGGCGUCCACCUUCGUGCAGGUGAAGAAGUUACAAUGUUUGCCAGUUUGUGAGGUGCAGGAGUUUGGGAGUGAGUCGACGACCUGAAAAUGCGACCAUGGACUGGCUCCUGGCGUUGGAUUAUGCUCAUCCUCUUUGCCUGGGGAACCCUGCUAUUUUACAUAGGUGGACACUUGGUGCGCGACAAUGACCACCCCGAUCACUCCAGCCGUGAACUCUCUAAGAUCCUGGCCAAGCUGGAACGUUUAAAACAGCAGAAUGAAGACUUGAGGCGCAUGGCGGAGUCUCUCAGGAUACCAGAAGGUCCCAUUGAUCAGAUACCUGCUGCAGGAAGGAUUCGUGUUUUAGAAGAGCAGCUCAUAAAGGCCAAAGAACAGAUAGAAAAUUACAAGAAGCCAACAGGAGAUGCAGGUCUGGGAAAGGAUCAUGAAGUACUGAGAAGGAAGAUUGAAAAUGGAGCAAAGGAACUUUGGUUUUUCCUCCAGAGCGAAUUAAAGAAGAUAAAAAAUCUAGAAGGCAGUGAACUCCAAAGACAUGCAGAUGAAUUUCUGUCAGACUUGGGCCAUCAGGAAAGGUCAAUAAUGACAGAUCUCUACUACCUCAGCCAAACGGAUGGAGCCGGUGACUGGCGUGAAAAGGAAUCCAGAGAUCUGACAGAGCUGGUCCAGAGGAGAAUACUGUAUCUUCAGAACCCCAAGGAUUGCUCUAAAGCCAAGAAACUGGUGUGUAAUAUCAACAAAGGCUGUGGUUAUGGCUGUCAACUUCAUCAUGUCGUCUACUGCUUCAUGAUUGCGUAUGGUACCCAACGAACUCUCAUUUUGGAGUCUCAGAACUGGCGUUAUGCUACUGGUGGAUGGGAAACUGUGUUUAAGCCUGUGAGCGAUACAUGCACAGAUAGAACAGGCACCAGCACUGGGCAUUGGUCAGGUGAGACCAAUGACAAGGACGUUCAGGUGGUGGAACUUCCCAUCGUUGACAGCCUUCACCCACGUCCUCCAUAUCUCCCUCUCGCUGUUCCAGAAGAUUUAGCCGACCGACUCAUACGAGUGCAUGGAGAUCCCGCAGUGUGGUGGGUCUCCCAGUUUGUCAAAUACUUGAUCCGCCCACAGCCUUGGUUAGAAAAAGAAAUAGAAGAGGCCACAAGGAAGCUUGGUUUCAAACAUCCAGUCAUCGGAGUCCACGUUAGGCGGACGGACAAAGUCGGAACGGAAGCGGCGUUCCAUCCCAUUGAGGAAUACAUGGUGCAUGUGGAAGAGCAUUUCCAGCUUCUCGCCCGCAGGAUGCCUGUGGACAAGAAAAGAGUUUACCUGGCUACGGACGAUCCCUCAUUAUUACAGGAGGCCAAAGUCAAGUAUCCAAAUUAUGAGUUCAUCAGUGACAAUUCCAUAUCCUGGUCGGCCGGGCUGCAUAAUCGAUACACUGAAAACUCACUGCGGGGUGUUAUCCUGGAUAUCCACUUCCUCUCCCAGGCAGACUUCCUGGUCUGCACAUUCUCUUCCCAGGUGUGCCGAGUGGCUUAUGAAAUCAUGCAGACCCUGCAUCCAGAUGCCUCUGCCUCCUUCCAUUCUUUGGAUGACAUUUACUAUUUCGGAGGGCAGAAUGCCCACAACCAAGUUGCCAUUUACCCUCACCACCCACAAACUGCUGAUGAAAUCCCCAUGGAGCCCGGAGACGUCAUUGGUGUGGCUGGAAACCACUGGGAUGGCUAUUCCAAAGGCAUCAAUAGGAAGUUGGGAAGAACAGGCCUUUAUCCAUCCUACAAAGUCAAAGAGAAAAUAGAGACGGUCAAGUAUCCUACAUAUCCAGAGGCAGAAAAAUAGAGCCCAGAGGAGGGUGAGACAGGCGCAGAAGUCAGCUCCAACUGGUUUGAGCCAAGCGGUGUCCAAAGUGAGCUUGAAUGGGCUUUGACUUCUUGUUUGAACCAUAUGGCUGGGCAACCAAAAGCCUUUGGCACUGAGACUGGAUCAGCAGUUUGGAACAUAUGGACCAUCUAGUACUGGAAUUUCUGCUUAAUGAACGUGUUCUCUUUAAAGUGCUUGGACCCAUGCACAGAACCAGUAAGCCUACUCCCCAGGUGUCGUGCAAAAACAGUCGUUUUCUAACUGUCUCUUCUUUCAAGACAUGUCCCCAUGAUUAGUCCUUAAGUGAUCAUUGCCUUCGAUAUCUCUGUCAUGAAUUGACUGCAAUCCUCAGACUUUUUAAACACUGCCAUAUUGUGUAAUUGGAGUGAAAUGAACAUAUUUUAUGUAUGUGGAAUUUCAGACGUGGUGCCUACAAUUAAGAGAUGCGUCUGGAACGACUCAGAAGAUCCAAAUUCAGCUCCUGAGCUGGAUAGAGUUGAUAGUUAACUGAUGGUAUCAUGACCACUGUGCUUAUUACUCCAACCAACAGACUCAGAAGUGUUUGUGGGGGAGGGCGUUGAUGUUUUUUUUAAUUACAUUGAUUUGGUCAACUUACCAUUAAUAAAUGAAGGUCACAUCAGAAAAUAAAAUACUCACUGUUAGGAACUUUUGUAAAAAAAAAAAAACAAUGUCGUAAACAGGAUCUUUAGUACUUAAUGUUUCUGGACAUUGUCUUUGAUAACAAAAAAUAAAUUUAAAAAAUAUA